GUCGUCCUCUUUCAUUGUCGGCCAUGUUACUAGGUGGUCAUGAUAAAGAAUAUGUUCAUCGUGAUACACCGAUGAAUAAUCCUGAUGUUAAGUUUGAUUUUACUCCAGAAAAUUAUAAACGUGUUGAAUUUCAAAUAAAAGUGCAGUGGAAGUGA